AUGGUCACUCGCAGCCCAUCACACGCUGGGUCAUGGUAUAGUGACAACAAAGAGUUGCUAUCGCGACAGCUUGACGGCUGGCUAGAAGCCGUGCCCAGCCCGGCCAGGCCCAUAGGAACCAGCUCGUCACAGCAAGGCGAGGUCUCGAUCCCCACACCAAAUGCGCGAGCCAUCAUUGCACCGCACGCUGGAUACUCGUAUUCUGGACCUGCAGCAGCAUGGGCCUACAAAACUGUAGACUGGACGAAUGCCAAACGAGUCUUCCUACUCGGCCCUUCACACCACUACUACCUCACCGGCGCCGCCACCACGGGCUGCGACAAUUAUGGCACGCCGCUCGGUGACCUGAUCGUCGACACUGCGCUGGUCAAAGAGAUCCAGACAAAAUGGCAGCUAGAAGUCAUGUCCAAAAGCGUGGACGAAGAUGAGCACAGUCUGGAAAUGCAUCUUCCCUACAUCCACAAGAUGCUCUCACUCAACAAUCCUUCUUUCCAGUCCUCCCCCUCGUCCGUCCCCCUCGUCCCAAUCAUGAUCGGCAACACGGACCCCUCCACUGAAUCCCACUAUGGCGCCCUCCUUGCCCCUUACCUCUCCGACCCCUCCAAUAUCUUCGUCGUCUCCUCCGACUUCUGCCACUGGGGCUCCCGCUUCCGCUACACAUACUACCAGCCUGCCGAUGGCUCGGCGGCCAUGACCCUCCGCUCCAGCUCGCGCGUCCCCCCCGAGUACCCCAUUCAUGAGAGUAUCGCAGCAGUAGAUAGGGAGAGCAUGGCCGCCGUGGAGAGCGGCGAGCACACGCGGUUCCUCGAACAGUUGAGGAAGACGGGCAAUACAGUGUGUGGACGGCAUCCGAUUGGUGUGUUCAUGGCGGCUGUGGAGAAGGCCGAGAUGGAUGGGGGAAAAGGCCGGUUCAAGUUUCUGAGGUAUGAGAGGAGCGGGCUGGUGGAGAGUGUCAAGGAUAGCAGUGUUUCCUACUGCAGUGGCUUUGCCGUUCUGUGA